AUGGCCCCUCCUACUCCCACCUCUAACCCUCUCGCCGCCAUGAGGAACUUUGGUGGUAUGGUGUCGUCUGCUCUUUCCUUCGGCGACAGAUCUCGUCAAGUCUCCUCCCUCGGCCUCGGCACCCUCUCUUUGGGGGAGCCGUCUGGCGAUGUCCCGCCUCCUCGCUCCGCUUCUCCUCCCGCCGGUCCUCCCGCUGGUUCUCCCUCUGCUUCUCCUCCUCCUGGUCCUCGCUCUGCUUCCCCUCCUGCCGCCAGUCCUCGCCGCAGGACGCCCGCCUUUCGUCCUGACUUCGAAGGAAAAGGGGGUGAUUAUAGUGAUGAGGAUGAUAGAAUCGUGUCGGAGGGUGAAACCGAGUUAGAGGAACACUCGGAUGAUGAUAUGGUGGCGGUUAGUGUAGAGGACAACAACGUAGAUAGUCCUGAGCCCGGUCCUGCCCCUCCCCCUGCUCAAAUUGUGGGCCAGAAACGACGCCGUUCCCUCUCUUCUUCUUCUUCUUCCUCUUCUUCUUCUUCCUCUUCUUCUUCCUCUUCCGGGGUUCUCCCCCCCCCCAACGCCAUCGCCGCUGCCGCCGCUGCUGCCGCCGUCCCCGUCGCUGCUCCCCCCCCUUCUCCCAGAGGGGAGCCUUCGCCCAAACGGGUGAAGAGAUCACUGCGGGAAGAAGAGUACUUGUGGGAGAAGAUGAAGUCCGAGCCUGGUCGUUGGAUCGCGGUUGGUGUUGACGAAGCGUGUGAUCGUUGCCGUUACUCCUGCUAA